AUGUCAAAAAGGUGGUGCUCGUUGAGUGGAACACAUUUUUUAGUGUUUAAAGACGAAAAUUACAAAAACAAUGAAUAUGACUAUUUAAUAACUCCGAAUACAAGAAUAGAAAUCAUUGAAGAAGAUUCAAAACCUCGAUUCAGACUCACACAACCUGAUGGCGACUAUAAUAUGUUUGAAGCCGAAUCGGUUGAUUCAUUAAUGCGAUGGGUUUUAGCGUUACGUGGCUGUACGUUUGAAAAUCCUGAUAUGUCAAUGGAACAGUUUAAGAUUAUCGCUGUUAUUGGUCGUGGUUUUUAUGGAAAAGUCAUGUUAUGCGAAAAUAAAACAACACAUGAAAUUGUUGCAAUAAAAUCGAUUCAUAAAUCUCGUUUAAUUCAGUCAAACAAAGUUCACACAGUCAUUGCAGAGCGAAAUAUCCUUACAAAAGUUCAACAUCCAUUCAUAGUUUCGUUAAGGUUUGCUUUUCAGACGGCAUCGAAGUUCUACCUCGGAUUAGAAUACGCUCCUGGUGGAGAAUUAUUCUUCCAUAUGCAAAAAAACGGUAGUUUACCUUUAUAUGACAUUAAACUCUAUAUCGCAGAGAUUUGCAUGGCUUUACAUCAUCUGCAUAGUAUUGGAAUCGUUUAUCGUGAUUUAAAGCCCGAAAAUAUACUACUUGACAAAGAUGGUUACAUAAAAUUGACAGAUUUCGGUUUAUCCAAGGAUAUGUCUUACGCAACGCAAACAAAUACGUUCUGUGGCACGAGCGAGUACUUAGCGCCUGAAAUUGUCCAUCGUCAACCUUACACUGUUGCUGUUGACUGGUGGGCAGUCGGAAUAUUAACAUACGAGUUGCUUUUUGGCGUAACUCCUUUUGCUCACUCAAACCGCGCAAGAUUAUUUCAAAAUAUUCUAGAAAAAGAGCCAACAUUUCCAAUAAAUACAAAUCCGCAAAUUCUUCGAUUUAUUUCAGCUCUUCUUACAAAGGAUGCAAAAUUACGACCAAACUACGAUCAGAUUAUUCAAAUGCCGUUUUUUGAAGGAAUAAAUUUUGAUGAUCUCCUUGCAAAGAAGAUUAAACCAACAUUCAUACCAAGGGUUGAGAAAUCAACGCAACCUAUAAACUUUGACAAAGAAUUUACUCAAGAAACUCCACAAGAUUCGUUUGUUCUUCCUGUUUUUGGAUCUGCAGAGCAAUUCCCAGGAUUUUCUUAUGUUGAUGUAACACAUUUGAAUGAUGACAGUUCGCCUCCCAACGAUAUUAAAGAAAUGACUGAAAAUUUAGAGGAAGAUCCAAAUCAAAGCACUCCUGAGCAUAAAGAAAACACAAAUGAUGAUGGAAUGACGCCAUCAUCGCUAAAGGAUGACUAUCAGCCGAUUAGUCCCAUUUAA